AUGGAAAUUCCGGUAGCCUCCUCGGGGGGCUUGCAACCGAUUGACACAUCGAGUCACACCCCUAUAGAUUCUUUUAUUAAAGCCCAAUUCAAUAAAUCUUUCCAAGAAGGACAUGUUAACGUUCCAAAUUUGGUGGUUGGCAAUCAAAAGCAUGAAGAGGCUCGUACAGAUGCAGAAAGUGAACUUGACAAAAACAAAGACAUGCAAGUUCAGAAGAAAUCUGAUCCAGUGAAAGGGCAAUGGACUACAGAAGAAGAUAGAAUGUUGAUUGAAUUGGUUGAGAAACAUGGCCUCAAGAAAUGGGCUCUUAUUGCUCGAAUGCUAAAGGGGAGAAUUGGAAAGCAAUGUAGAGAAAGAUGGCACAACCACCUAAGGCCUGAUAUCAAGACUGGUAGUUGGACAGAAGAGGAAGAUAUGAUCCUGAUACAGGCUCACGCUGAGGUGGGCAAUAGGUGGGUCGAGAUAGCCAAGCGAAUGCCUGGUCGAACCGAGAACGCCAUUAAGAACCACUGGAACACCAACAGGCGCAGGCAAUCUUCCUUCCAGCAGAACCGCAAGUCCAGGAGGGAUGGCACACCUAGUCCACUCUUACUCAGCUACAUCCAGAGCUUGAAUCAAAAGAAACCCUUCACUGAAAGCAGCAGCGGCAACAACAACAACGACGAUAUCAUCAAUUACAUAAUUCCAAACUAUUUAAACCUGACCACAACUCCUGCUCCAGUGCUUGCGGCCGAACAGAGCAUAUUACAGCCGCAGCUGCAGCCUCAGCCUCACUACAUGAAUGACGAUGUCUUCGACAAUACUGACGGAUUGCAAUUCCUCCUGGACGGUUGGGACUUCGAUAAGGAUGAUACGAGCUGUGUGUUUGAAGAACUGGCUGGGGAUGUGCUGCCGAUUAGUUCAAGUGUGCAUGUGCAGAAAGAUAUGGAUCUGAUGGAGAUGAUAGAUGCGGCGACCAACAAGAACAGUGAGUAG